GUUUUAUUUUUUUGGUUCUUCUUCGCUCUUUUUUUUGGAUGGAGGGGGCAAGGCAUCGAUUUCUUCGCGCGCGCCUGGAAGGGAUUAUUCAAGGGACGGAGUAGUAGAGUAGUGUCGCAGUUGACGAGGACGGAAGCAAGGAGUAGAAAUACGUUUGGCUGGCAGAGAGAUAGAUGACGGACCAGGAGGCCGCUGCGGCGCCCGUCCACGACGCGCCGUCGCCUGCUGCAGAGGACGGGCCGAGCUCGAACAAGCGGCCUCGCCUCUCGCCGCCGCCUCCAGGAGCAGAGACGGGAGCAGAAGCAGAGACGGAAGCACAAGCAGAGACAGGAGCCGAAGCAGAGGCAGGAGCAGGAGAGGAAACGAAGAAACAGCAACAGGCACAAGCAGAACCAAGAAAGAUGCAGACGGCGUCCGAAGCCGACGUGGGCAUCCUCGCCUACGUCGACGAGACGCUGGUCCCGAUCAAGGGCGGCGUCAUCAAGCAGAGGUUCUCCGACUUCCACGUCAACGAGGUGGCGCCCGGCGGGAGCGUGUGCCACAUCACGUCGCUGCUGCCGCCCGCCGCUGCCGAUGGCGGCGCCGGGCUGCGCGAGCACAUCGAGGCGCUCCAGGCCGAGGCGGCCGACACGACGGGCGACCUCGUGCAGCAGCGCCGGCAGCGCGAGGCGGCAGCGCGGGCAGAGCGGGAGGCGGCGGCGCAGCGGGAGCGGGAGCGCGUCUUUAGCUGGGAUGUCGCGCCCGACGACGAGGUAAAGCUUGUCGAGUGGAUCGGCGCCGAGGCCGUCGAGCAGCUCAAGAAGCUCUGGCUCGAGGGGCCCGACGGGUACAAGAAGGACGAGGUGGGGGAGGCAGAGGCAAAAGAGGACGAAACGAAGCCAGAGCAGGACGCGAGGGACAGCGACGACCGUGGUGGGCGAGGCGGUCGCGGUGGCCGCGGUGGCCGAGGUGGCCGAGGUGGCCGUGGUGGCGGAAGGGGCGGGCGCGCCGGUGCUGCUGCGCGAGACCCGCGCGUGGUGACCACAAAGCCCAUCCUCGUCAAGGAGGUGCGCUCCGAGGCGCACCAGCUCAUCCGCCGCGUGUUUGAGAACCGGCUGAUGUCCGACACAACGGAGCUUGCCCUUGCGCCGAGCGAGGUCAAGAGCAAGCCAGAAGGUGCUGCUGCCGACGACGACGACGAGCGCGCAAACGGCAAGCCGCAGGUGCAGAGCAUCAUCCGCAUACGCUGGUCCUCGUCCUCUUCUUCGUCUGGCGCACGAGACCAGCGCCGGUUCGACACGCGCCGCGGCGCACCGGGCGAGGCCAAGCCCGAGCCGCCGCCCUACAUCCACUUUCUGCUCCAAAAGACGAACCGGGACAGCCAGGAUGCGCUCAACAUCCUCGCGCGCGCCUUGGGACUCGGCAGGGGACCGGGUCAGAGCCAGGGAAAGAUGGUCAAGGAGCUCAGCAUCGCCGGCACAAAGGACAAGCGCGCGACGACGGUGCAGCGCGUCGCACUCCGCCGUGGCCGGCGCACCGUCGACGACGUCUGGAAGCUCAUCAACGGCGUGGGCAAGUCUGCGUCUGAUGGUGGCGGUGGACGAGGCGGCGGUGGUGGUGGUGGACGAGGUGGCCGUGGCGGCAAUCGAUUCGGACAGCAGCGCGAACGUGGCCUGCUCGAGGCCAUCACCACGCGCGGUGACCGCGGCCUGCGCAUCGGCCACCUCUCCUACCAGCCCGAGUCGCUGCACCUGGGCCAGCACGAGGGCAACGAAUUCCUCAUCACGCUCCGCAACGUCAAGGUCGAGCGCGAGGCCGACGUCGCCCGCGCGAUUGACGUGCUCAAGACCAAGGGGUUCAUCAACUACUUUGGCAUGCAGCGCUUCGGCACCUCGUCGGUCUCGACGCACACCGUCGGCAUCUCGCUCCUCCAGUCCGACUUCCGCCUCGCCGUCGCGCGCAUCAUGUCCCCUCGCCCCGGCGACACGCCAUACAUGACGGAAGCCCGCGAGCACUACCAGGCCGGCCGCAUCGCAAAGGCACUCGACAUGAUGCCGCUCGGCAACGUGCCCGAGCGCUGCAUCCUCCAGCGCAUGAAGACCGACGCCGUCACGGGGCCCGACGACGCCAGGGCCGACUGGCGCGCCAUCUUCAGCACCAUCCCACGCAACCUCCGCACCAUGUAUGUGCAUGCAUACCAGUCCUACAUCUGGAACCGCAUCGUGACGGAGCGCGUGCGGCGCUUUGGGGUCGCUGCGCCCGUCGUGGGCGAUGUCGUCCUCGUGGGAGAAGAAGGGGGCGAGCAGGGAGGCGACGACGAUGCAGAGGGAGAGGAUGAUAACGACGACGACGAGGGUCCAGCAGAAGAGCAGCAGGGAGGAGACGGCGAGGAUGGGAAACACGCCGUGGACAGCAAGCCGCGGGCCAAGCCGCCGCCGCCAGCGCUGCCCAAGGUCAAGCUGCUGGCGACGCAGGCCGACGCAGACCAGUACACGAUCCACGACGUCGUCAUGCCCUUACCCGGCUACGACGUCACGUUCCCCGCCGACUCGUGGCUCGGCCAGAUGUAUGCGUCGAUGCUUGCUGAAGACGGCCUCGUGCCCGCGAUGGUCGGCCACUCCAACGUGCCCGAGCUGCAGCUCAAAGGCGCCUACCGCAAGCUCCUCCAUCUCCCGCGCAACAUCGAGUACCGCCUGCUGCGCUACACCGACACCGAGGUCGCGCUGGCGCAGACGGACGAGGAGAAGAUCCUCGGCAUCGAGCAGCCCCUCGCCGAGCCGUUCGGCCAGGAAAAGAAGGCGUCCGACGAGGGCAGCAAAGACGAUGACGACGACGAAAAGAAAGACAGCUUCAUCGCGCUCCAGCUCCGCUUCACGCUCGGCACGGCGGCAUAUGCGACGAUGGCGCUGCGCGAGGUGCUCAAGCAGGACACGAGCGUGCAGGUGCAAAAGGACCUCACCGAGCGCGGCGAGGACCGCGCCUUUCGUGGCAGCGGCAGUCGCGGUGGUACCCGUGGCGGCUUCGGAGGUGGUGGAAGAAACCAAGAGGGCGCGGCGCUCAGCUGGAGGGCACGGCAGGCUGUAAAUGAGGUGCAGGCGGGCAAGGGAAAGGCGAUGCGCAGCUGGGGGCCUGCCAAGGCUGAAGGCGACACCGCAUCCAGCGAGGCGAAGCAGGCUAGCCAGGAUGCAGAGAUGGCUAACGCUGAGUAGGAGGGGGGCAUGAGAGAGCAGGCACAGGCACAAGUGGAUCAGCAGAGGGAUGGCAAGGCAGAAGUAGACAGGCAGAAGGAGUCUAGCAGAAGAAGAGCAAUCAUGUAUUACAGAGAAAAGCACACCGAUCAUGUGAAUGUCAAGAGGCCCGUCCGAGCAUCGGCCCGGUCGCGGUAGCCGACGAUC